AUGGCCAGUGGUGCUGUAGGAGGACUGGUUCGAUGCGUCUUUGAAGGGUGUAUCUCCAUGUACGACAUGGAGAUCGAGCGAAGGCCAUACCACCAGAACUGCAGCUGCGCCCUGCAUAAAUCAAGGUCCAGAGGUGGAUGCUCCGGUGGGUGUUCUCCCUUCAGGAAUGUUUCCUUCCCCGUUAAACGGUCAUGGGGCGAGUCGUCGUCCUUGUCCCCGGGGGAUAUCCAGUUCCAGUGUUCGUCGCAGUCUUCUUCAUCUGCUACUGUUUUAGAAGGAGCUGAGAAGAGCCCACUGGGGUUCUGUUGUGUGAAGACAGUGAUCCGUGGAAGUCCUACUCCUAAGUAA